AUGGUAUCACUUGAACCUGCAUUGGAACCGAUGCCAGUAAUUCAGGAACCAUCCACAGAUACAGCCGUCACUGCUCCUUCUUCCGCUGUUGAAAUCGAACAACGAAGCUCAAGUUCAUGUACACCCGCUAUCGCUACGUCGACUGCGAUGACAACAUCAGCAGCAGUCACAACAACAUCCACAGACCUUGCUUCUGCUUCGAUGGUACAGUCCAUGUUUGCAUACAAGGCUUGUCAACCUGAUGAAAUGACCUUUCCUGAGGGUGCAUUGAUCGAGGUACUGUCGCACGAGGAGGAGGGUUGGUGGCGGGGACGCCUUCAGUCCACUGGUGUUGAAGGCCUCUUUCCCGUAAACUACGUCAAACCCAUUCAACCCGAUGCCUCUGCUGCUACAUCUGCUCCUACUACAUCAUCCUCCACUGUUGCUGUCAUCCCAAAAUCUUCCACUCGUCAAGACAAUGCGACAGUAGGCAGAAAGACUACGGUAAUCGCUAAGGACAACCGUUCUACACGGCAGAACAUCAUACUUGAAUUCAUCGAAACUGAACGUCAGUAUCUUAGAGACCUGGUAGAGGUCAAGGAGGUCGGUUAUUUUCUUUCUGAAUACCGCACUGCUCGUUUAGAUUUUCAGGAACGUAAAACGCAUCUGAAGAAGGGUCACAAUGAUGUCAUUGGUGACAUUCUUAUUCGGCAUCUGCCCAAAUGCAUGGUGUAUCGUGAGUUCUGCACCAAUCAAGAUCUAGCCCUGGAAAACCUGCGGAAACUUUGUGAUGAGAGACCAGAUGUGGAGGCAUUCUUACAUAGCUGUGAGCGCUUUAUGCGAGUUCAAUCGAUGCCUCUUUCUAGCUAUUUUCUCAAGCCAAUGCAGCGCAUCACUAAAUACAAACUCCUCAUAGAGAAGCUGUUAAAAUACACUCCGCCUGACCACCUUGAUUACAUCAACUUGCAACAGUCAUUUGAGUUGGCAUCAACGGUGUUGGCAACUUGUAAUGAAGCAAUUCGAAAUCGUGAGUCCUUCACUCAAUUGCAGUGGCUGCGGGAUCAUGUAAUUUUUGAAGGCAACAACGCGUUCCUUCGCAUUUGCGGUGAGGACGACAAGCGGUUGGGUGAGAUGGAGAUUGAGGUUGGAGGUGAGUGUCGGCGUCGCUUGCUCUUGCUCUCGGGCACAUUCUUCAAGGUGAAAUCAGGAAAGGAACUUACCGCCUUCCUCUUCACUGACAUGCUCCUUCUUACUCAACCCAUCAACAUCUCGGCAAGUGCUCUACCAACGGCAAAUUUCACCCUCCCUCUGAAACCGGACGCAAGUCUGGCCAAAGCAAACUUCAAGGCCUAUAGGCAUCCGAUAUCUCUGGCUCAAAUCAAUGUAUCUACUGCUUCUUCUAUAUCUCCGAAACAACGUCGUCGGGGUUUUUUCCACAAUACUAUUUCGCGUUCGAGUCUUGCUGACCUCUCAAGUGUUGUCAGUGGAGGCAGUGGUAGUGGGUCCGGUAAGGCUGCCAAGGAGAUACGAUCUAAACGCUUAUCUCUGGCAAAUCUGCGUCAGUUCUCUCUUAGCCUCAACAAUCUCAGUGGUGCUUCUGCUGAUUCAGUCGAGAGUGCUGAGGCUACUUCUUUUAUCAUCACCGAUGAUGGCGAUCCGAAUGUACAGCUUUUGGUUCGUACAUCCACCGAAGCACUAAAGAUAAUGUGGCUAAAAGAAAUACGCAAGGCGGCGAUGGAGUAUAAGCGCUAUCUGAGCCUUUUCAGAAACCCAUUCCGCUCUGAAAUUGAACUGCUGGGUAAAACGGAAGUUCAGUUGCCUGAUGUUGUGGAGCAUUGUCGUGGGGGUGAAAUGUGGGAAGCCGUUUUACCGAUUACCUUAGCCGAUUUUGAUGCCUUAGGGGCUUCAAUCACCGUCAGUUUUAGUCUCACAGAAGAUGUAUCCUGUUUGGGAGAGGAUGAAGGUAUCAACGUAGGACCCGUGGUGAGUCCUGAGUACGCAGCGUGGUUCCAGUUGACUUUUUGGUUCGUUGUGGUUUUCGUAACGAUCGUUUGGGUUAUUUGCUGCUCGCUCUGGAACAUGGACCCGGGUCGCGAUGGUAUCAUUUACCGCCUGAGUGUUACCAAACCGAAGUCAGAAUAG